AUGACCUCCAACUUCAUCUCCAGAUUUACAGGUUCUACCAACCCCUCCAACUCCAUCUAUGAGACCAUCCGACAGCACGAUCAAGACUCCGAUGGGUCGGACCUUGAAGAAAGAGGCGGAUUGGCGCCUCCCUCUCAACCGUAUCGUGAUGGCUUUGAGGAACAGGAGCCCGUCAUUGCCAGUUUACAGAAUCCCCGCAACCAGUCAUCCAGGCAAUCUAUGAGGAAAGACAAGGGCAAAGGCAUAAGCAGGUCAAAAUGGAAGAGCUCCAAAUCUCAUAGGUUGAUGGAAGUCGAAGAGGCAGACGACGAUGUCCCCGCGUCUCUACUGAUCGAGGAUGCCACUGGGGUCCACAGAUCCAUUGCACUUCCACCUCCGCCCAGCUCGAUCCCAGAUGGACUACCCAACUUCGAAGAUACUGGAUUUGCAAACCAACUUCCAGACCACCGAACCUCCCAUUCCAACCCCCCGAGACCUUCAACCCUCACCAAUCUCUGGGGCAGCCUUGCCAACCAAGACCCAAAAGAGAAGGCGAUGUAUCGUUGGGUCAAUGUACUCAAUUUGGAUAACUUCCUCCUUGAUGUAUACACCUACUACAUCUAUCAUGGCUUUUGGUCCACGGUGCUCAUGCGCUUCUUCAACAUUAUCACAAUCGGCUUCAUUGUCGGUUUCUCUCUGUUCCUCACGCAAUGUAUAGACUACAGUGACUUCAAGGGAAAGACCAAGAUGACAGAAAUCCUCGUCCCGCAAUGUGCCAGCAACAUGGGCUUCAUCUCAAAAUCUCUCCUGUGGCUGACCACGUUCAUCUGGCUGUGGAAAUCCGUGGGGUAUAUCGUUGACAUUCCACGUCUGAGGCAUAUGCAUGAUUUCUACCUGUAUUUGCUCGGUAUUCCCGAGGAUGAAAUUCAGUCAAUUUCGUGGCAAGAAGUCGUCAGCCGUCUCAUGGCAUUGCGAGACUCCAAUCCGAACACUGCGGAAGCAGCUGCUAGGAAGCGUGGUGGUUGGAUUCGAACACAAAGCAAGCAAAGAAUGGAUGCACAUGAUAUUGCCAGCAGGCUGAUGCGAAGGCAGAACUACAUGAUUGCCAUGAUCAACAAGGAUGUUCUUGAUUUGACGAUCCCGGUUCCGUUCUUGCGAAAUAGGCGGUUGUUCACACGUACACUGGAAUGGAGCAUCGAUCUAUGCAUCAUGGACUUCAUCUUCAACGACAAGGGUCAAGUUCGUUCUCUGUUCUUGAAAGACACCCAUCGAAAGGACCUCUCGAUCGCUCUUCGCAACCGGUUCCUGAUGACUGGAGUAGCAAGUCUCAUUUUUGCUCCUUUCCUGGCCGCUUUUUUCGUCAUCAAGCACAUAUUCUUGAACUUCAAUGAGUAUCAGAAGAAUCCAGCGCAAAUCGGUACGAGAGAGUACAAUCCGUAUGCUGAAUGGAAGUUCCGGGAAUUUAACGAGUUGUACCAUUUGUUUCAACGCCGGAUUUUCAUGUCAUACCCGUUCGCAAGCAGAUACGUUAAUCAGUUUCCCAAAGACAAAACUGUCCAAACAGCACAACUUGUGACUCUGAUCUCUGGAGCUGUUGUUAGCGUCCUGGGUUUGGCAACAGUCCUGGAUCAAGAGAACUUCCUCAAUUUUGAGAUCACUUCCGGCCGGACGACGAUCUUCUAUCUCGGUGUGUUUGGUACGAUUUGGGCAAUCGCUCGUGGAUUAUUACCGGAUGAUAACAUGGUCUAUGACACUUCCAAUUCCUUGCAAGAGGUAAUCGAUUUCACUCAUUAUGAGCCGGCUCACUGGAAAGGGCGGCUUCAUACUACCGAUGUGAAGCAAGAAUUCUCUCAGCUAUAUCAGAUGAAGGUCAUCAUUUUUCUCGAGGAGGUUCUGAGCAUGAUAUUCACACCAUUUGUGUUAUGUUUCACCCUCCCUAAUUGCAGCGAGCGAAUCAUUGACUUCUUCCGGGAAUUCACAAUUCACGUCGAUGGAAUUGGAUAUGUUUGCUCUUUCGCCGAGUUUGGGUUCUACAAGCCUGGAACAAAACCACCUUCAGCUGAUCCAACCAAAAAUGCCCGAGACGAGUACUUUGCUUCCAAAGACAACAAGUUAGAACACAGCUAUUGGGGCUUUAUCAACGACUAUGCUCGCAAUCCUAAAACAGAUGUCCGCUUUAACUACAAUACUAGUAAGCGACGGUUCAACAUGCCACCCCCCGUUCCUGGACUGCCUUCACCAACAUUCCCAACUCUCGACCGUGAGAGCACUUUUAACAGCGGCACUCAUCGAACAACUGUGCUUUCACCACCACAUCGAGCAAUCUCUGGAACCCCUGGCUUUCAAGCCCAGCAACAUUCAGCUGGCUCACCACUUCAAUCAAUGUUACUCGACCCACACCAUCAGCCCUCGGCUAGCGGAUUCGCUACCUCGACACAAGCCCAGAGAUUCCCUCGAGGCGGUCAAGGCUCUUUACUCGCCCGACCCCGUCGGGCCCCACUACCCACCGACGUCGCUGAAGAAGAAGGACCCGAAUCCUCAAACGAAGUCCAAGGUCGCAAAGAUGCCCAGACCUCAGCCGAACGCAGACUCGGACGCAGAGGUAUCGGAGCUGAAAGCUCCAAUUCCAAAGCCACAAGCGGCAGCGCUGGCCUCGGCUUCCCACUCCAAAACACCGGCACCGUAAAUCAAAGUGAAGGCGAGCUGGGAUCGUGGAAAUAUGAGAAUGAGUCAGAUGACGAGAACACGGGGGCCAGCGAUGACGACGAUGACGAUACUAAUGUCGAGAAGCUGACCAGCGGUGGCCCCCUCGGUCUGAUACGACAGUUCCAACGUGCUCAUCAGGGUGAGGUCAGGAAUGCCGGUGGUGUUGGCGGUACGGGUAUUUGA